AUGAAUCGAAAUCGAGGAAAUUUUAGUUUUCAGAUGCGUCGUAAUAAAACAAUACAAUCGCAGCCUAAUGCAAAAGAUCAAAGCCGUAGUUACUCCCUUAAUGCGGUUCCCCCACCUAGUUCAUUAUGCGGCAGAUCUUCAGGAGUGCCUCCACCUAAAUCUUUCAAUCAGGGUCCGGGCAUUUCAAAGCACGGUUAUCAUACAAUUGAAUCUAUGCAUCAGUUUUCGAACCCCUCUCAAUAUUCGGUAGGAAAACGCCGAGGCAGAACGGAAGACGAGUAUUUCGACGAAGAAGACGAACCCGUCGGACAACAUUUAGAGUAUAUACCGGCACCUGGUUCUCCAUCGGCCGCCGAUUCAAGUGCAAGGGCCAAUAAUUCGUCCGAUGAAGAGGAAGAUCCGCUAGACGCGUUUAUGGCUGGUAUUGAAGAACAAGUAAAAAUAGAAAACAAGAAAAUUCCACAACCGCAUGUGGACCCUAAGAAAGGUACUCGCGGAGACAUUGACGAUGAAGAUGAUGAGGAAAGCUAUUACCGAUAUAUGCAAGAAAAUCCACAUGCCGGCUUAUUGGAAGAAGGAUCCGAUGUUGAACUGGAGUACGACGAAGAUGGUAAUCCAAUGCCACCACCAAGACGAAGAGAUAUUGAUCCUCUGCCUGCAGUUGAUCACUCGGAGAUUGAAUACACGAAAUUUGAAAAAAAUUUCUAUAUUCCUCACGAAGAUAUCGUCAAUCUUUCGUUCGCCAAGGUAGAGGAGCUUCGCCAAACGCUCGGUGUUAAAGUAAGCGGCCCAAUGCCACCACACCCUGUUACGAGUUUUGCCCAUUUCGGCUUUGACGAGUCGCUGAUGAAAGCGAUUCGUAAAUCGGAAUACAGCACACCGACACCAAUACAGGCUCAAGCGAUUCCAGCUGCAUUAAGUGGAAGAGACAUCAUUGGUAUAGCAAAAACUGGCAGCGGUAAAACAGCCGCUUUUCUGUGGCCGAUGCUCGUACACAUUAUGGAUCAACGAGAGUUAGGUCCGGGAGAUGGUCCUAUAGGGUUGGUUUUGGCACCGACACGAGAACUGUCACUGCAAAUCUACAGCGAAGCGAAGCGGUUUGGAAAGGUGUACAACAUCAGUAUUUGCUGCUGCUACGGUGGAGGCUCCAAAUGGGAACAGAGUAAGGCACUCGAACAAGGAGCGGAGAUAGUGGUUGCUACGCCAGGACGUAUGAUAGAUAUGGUAAAAAUAAAAGCUACCAAUCUGCAAAGAGUAACGUAUCUGGUGUUGGACGAAGCUGACAAAAUGUUCAACAUGGGGUUCGAACCGCAAGUUCGUUCCAUUUGCAACCAUAUUCGUCCAGAUCGCCAGACACUGUUAUUCAGUGCUACCUUCAAGAAGCGAGUGGAGAAACUUGCACGAGACGUAUUAACGGAUCCGGUGCGUAUUAUUCAUGGCGAUUUAGGAGAGGCAAACUCUGACGUAACGCAACACAUCAUUAUAUUACCCAAUGUACCAAGCAAGUGGAGCUGGUUAUUAACCAAUUUGGUGCAGAUGCUUUCUGAGGGUAGCGUAUUGAUAUUUGUUACGAAAAAAGUCGAUGCAGAGCAAGUUGCAAACAAUUUGAGACUUAAGGAGAACGAUGUCGUCUUACUACAUGGGGAUAUGGACCAGUCGGAACGGAACUCUGUUAUCACUCGGUUUAAGCGGAGAGAUGUGGAUAUAAUGGUUGCUACGGACGUUGCAGCUCGUGGUCUUGAUAUUCCACAUAUUCGUACAGUAAUCAAUUACGACAUUGCGCGCGAUAUCGAUACUCAUACGCAUCGUGUUGGCCGCACGGGACGUGCAGGGGAAAAGGGUACGGCCUACACAUUGAUUACUGACAAAGAUAAAGAAUUUUCUGGUCAUCUAGUACGCAAUCUUGAAGGAGCAAACCAGGAAGUACCGGAAGAAUUGAUGAAGCUGGCUAUGCAAAGCUCCUGGUUCCGGAAUAGCCGGUUUAAACAAGCGAACAAAGGUAAGAAUUUAAAUGUGGGUGGAGCAGGAUUAGGAUUCCGUCAGCGAGCAGUUCAUCGAGGUCCGAUGGGUCGUUCUUUGAAUGCUGCUCUAGUACCGGAAGAUAACGAAUCUUCUGAAUCUACGCCGGGAUCUUCGAAGGGUCCGGCAACCGAUCGUUUGUCUGCCAUGAGGGAAACUUUUCGCGCACAUUACAACGCACAGUUCAAAGCAUCGAGCGAUCGAACUUGGGAGAAAACUGUGCCGGAAGGUGGAGUAUUUGUUAAACCAACGCUAUCUCGACCUGAAUCGACGAGUGAAGUAGAAUCAUACAACCAAACAGAAAACGAUUCAACACAAAACGAUAUGGUUCCACGAAAGAAAAAGAGCAGGUGGAAUUAA